CACCUAGAUCAGCUUCCAUAGUCCCGCACCUCCAGCAUGGAUCGCUGUCAGCGGCUGUUUGUCCUCCUGUUGGGAUGCGGUUAUCUGUGCUGUGGAUACUGUGCUGUGCUUAAAACGCCUGUCAUGGGGUUCUCUAAAGAUGUGCAACUUGGACAAAAAGCAGAAGAGCCAGAGAAGCAGCAAGUGAAGAAGAGCGAGCAGGAUACGCUGUCAGAGCACAUGCAGAUGCUCUACGCCAAAUACACCAGCGCGGGAUUCCCUCUCAAAGACGGAAACACUGUCCGCAGCUUCAAGGGCCAUUUGGGAACCAUCAACAAUAGGCAGUUGCAGAUCUUUAACCUCACAUCCCUCACCAAGUCUGAAGAUGUUCUCUCAGCGACGCUGCACUACUACAUUGGUGAUCUUCACAACAGCAGCCACAGAUGCUCAAAACACAAGAGCUGUGCUCAACACAACCUCAGAAGACAAGCUCACGUUCACCUUGACGUCUGGAGCUUCAGCUUAGUGAAAAACACAACUAGAACCAUCGGCCAUUUUCCAAUCAACAUCUCCACGAUGCACUGGGACUUCAUAUCAUGGCAGUGGAAAGACAUCACUCGUGUGGUCAACCAAGCCAAGCAUCACGACCAGCUCCUCAUAGGCAUUAACAUCAACUCCAGAGGGCACCAACCCUGGAAGAAACUCUUGUCAGACCGAUCUCCUUACAUUCUAGUCUACGCAAAUGACUCAGCCAUUUCUGAACCUGAAAGUGUGGUGUCCACCCUUCAGAGACACAAAAGCAGACUGUUGCCCAAUCUUCAUAUGCUGGAAUCGCAUAACCGCAACGCAUCCGCACAACAUCGAAGCAGACGAUCCACCAACAUCCUCCUUCCACUGCAGAACAAUGAGCUCCCAGGUCCAGAGUACCCUUAUGAGAUCCCUACAUGGGAUGAGGCCAGCCCUUAUGAUCCGAUGGAGAGCAAAACUGUCAAGCGGCCCCGCAAGAAGCCUCGCAAGAACCCACGACACAAGAACCCGCUCCUGCAGUUCGAUGAGCAGACCAUUAAAAAAGCUCGCAAGAAGCAGUGGAACGAGCCCAGGAACUGUGCUCGCAGAUAUUUAAAGGUGGACUUCGCUGAUAUCGGCUGGAGCGAGUGGAUUAUCUCACCAAAGUCGUUUGAUGCGUAUUACUGUUCUGGAUCAUGUCAGUUCCCCAUGCCAAAGUCUCUGAAACCUUCCAAUCACGCCACCAUUCAGAGCAUCGUGCGGGCAGUCGGUGUGGUGCCGGGCAUCCCGGAGCCCUGCUGUGUGCCCGAAAAGAUGUCAUCCCUAAGCAUUCUCUUCUUCGACGAAGACAAGAACGUGGUCCUCAAGGUCUACCCUAACAUGACAGUGGACUCCUGCGCCUGUCGGUAAACCCCCACCCCACUCUCUUCCUCCAGCCUCCCUCCUUUAAAACUCACUCCCAAUGUUUGCACUGGAAGAAAGACUGAAGAUGUUUCUUUCACCAUUCUUGAAGAACUGUACAGAUGUGAGGAUCGUGAAGAACAUACGCUUUUCCAGAAGGAAUUCCUUACUGUUUCGCAGGAGGCUUGAGAUUUGAGCAAAUGAAGAGACUGUUUGUCUGUCUGUCUGUGUUUGUUUGUUUGACCAGGACGUUCUCAUGUUUCUAUAACCUCAGCAGUUUAGCAUUUAGGGAUAAACAUUUGCUGUCACCAUCACGUUUCUGUACAGUUCGUUUAAUCUGUCAUUAUUAUUAUAGCUUUAUUUUUGCUACAGAGGCAUUGAUUGACUCUCUAUGUUCAUAUUCUAUGGCUGCUAUACAUAGGUAGGAUUUACUCCAGAGGCCAAAUGUGCUGAAAAGUGGACCUUUGGGGUCGAAAAAAAAAGAAAAGGAAUCUCUAUUUGUUACAAAAAAUAGCCUAUAUAUAUAUAAAUAUCAAAGUGAUUACUUAUACAAGUUACUUACAGUACAUAUUCAGUUUUCCACAUUAAGCUUAAAACAGUGUUUAAUUUCUGUGUGACUCUGUUUUGAAUGUCUUCAAUCGUCAUAAAACAUAUUUAUUUUUUCCAAAAAUGUCCAUUGUUACGAGCCCUUAUGUAAGAGUGUUACAGCACGUUUAAGUUUUGUUUAAGAUGCUUGCAUUUGUAAAUAUUAUGUUUCCGUCAGACCUACUAAUACAAGGUUACAUCCUUACAUAUAUAUGAAUAUGUUUUAUUUUAAUGUUGGACAACUAUUAUUCUGCCGUUAUUCGAAGAAAGCGUUUGAUUUUAAGAAGCCACCACUGGUUUUAUGCUUUGCAGAUUCAGUAGAUCCAAAAGCAUGGAUCUUUCUUAAAAAUAGUUCAGAAAUAUGAACUAUUAUUCACAUCUAAAAUAUGUAUACUGUAUGAUGAAUGCCAAUCCAGAUGCUAUCGUAUUAGCAGUGAUAUGUUCAGGAAGGUAGUUAUGAAAAUUGUAUGUUAGCUUUUGCCUUAACACAACGAUGCCUAUAUAAAGUGCCUUACCACAUGAAAACGUACAUUAAAUCUAGUGAAUAUUCUACUACAAUAUUUAUAUUUCAUAAAGAUGACUUAUGUAAAUGUCUUAUUUUGAAAGGAUUUUUUCAGAUUAUUUGGAUAAAAAUGUGACGUUUGUUCCAGUAAUGCUUUCUGUCCACAUUUUGUACUGUUGAAAUUAGCAUAGAUUACACAUCUCAAGCUGCAUGUUCAUGAAUGGGGGCUAGUGGGAUUGAUUUUUAUUUUUUUUUUUGUGACGUUCAACCUAUGGACUACAGAGAACGUAUAUGUAAAAGUGGGCUAUUAUCUUAAUAUAUAACACAUACGUCGAAACACUAUGUAAAGCACUCCUUUAGCAUUUGUGUAAUAUAUUUUUGGGAAGGCCUCCACCACACUGUGUGUUUUGUAAAUGUUAUUCUGUAGGUGAAAGGAUGUGCUUUGUAUGAUAAGCUUCAUAAGAAAUUAUAUUUGUAUAUGGAAAUGACCUUUAAAAAGCAUUUAUUUAUUUUCUGUAUGAUGCCUUCUGUGUCUUAUUUUUGUGAAGCGCAGAGGGGCUUCAUUAAAUAUUCAUUGAGCUUUGCUGCGGAAAGGUUAGACAGGGGUGCAAAAGGAAGCAGUCGCAUGUCGAAUGAGUGAAAAUGCUUAUUUUUGUAACACGUCUCCCGAGUUGAAAGGAUCCCUUUUUAGCAAGGAAAACUCAAUAAAGUUUUAAGAAUUAUG